AUGUAUUUAUCAUUAUUAAUAGAUAAACAAUUAAAUUUAACAUUUAAAACACGUUUACUUGAUUUAUUACCAUUUUUUGCAUCACUUGAUACAGAUGAAGAUUUAAAAGAAGAUAAACGAAAAAAAUGGUCCGAUGAUUUUUCUCGUACAUUACAUACAUUUACAGCUGAUUGUUUUCCAUUAAAAAGUACAGAAUUUCAUAAAGGUACACAAGAAUAUCAUGAUUAUCAAGGUGCAAUAAGAAAAAUUUUAUCAGCACUUGAAUUAUCAUCAUCAUUUAUAUUAUUUGAAUUAUUAAUAUGGAUGUUAUGUUGUGAACAAAAUCAUAUAUUUGAAGAUGAAAUACUAUCAUCAAUAAAUCGUUUUAUAAUUAAAUUAAAUGAUCAUAAUAAACAAAUGAAUUUACUUGAUUAUAUUUAUUCAAUAUUAUUUGGAAAAAAUAUAUUAUUUCGUAUUGAACAUCGUUUAAAUGCAUUAGAAAAAUUUAUAUUAAAAAUGUUAACAUCAGUUAAAAAAACAACAUUAAUUGAAUUUUAUAAAAAAUAUAUAUCAUCAUUUGUUAUUGAACAACUUGAUAUUAAAAUUGAUUUAACAUUAACAACAACAAUAACAUCAAUAUUAAUUAAUAAAAUUUGUACAUAUCGUUUUAUUGAUUAUAUGUAUACAAUAUUAAAUAAAGAUGAUGUUUUUGGAUUAAAUUCUUCAAUUGCAAAAAUUUUUUAUGAAACAGUUAAAAAACAAGAAGAAGCAAGAAAAUUAUUAAAUGUUGAAAUGCCAAUAACAGCUAUUAAAAUAGGUUCAACUAUGGAUGGAAAAGAAUUAACAAAAUAUGUUAUUGCACGUGCACGUGCACAAUUUAUUGAUGGAAAAAUAAUUAAAUCAAUGGAAACAAUAUUAACUAAUGUAACAACAAUAGAAAAAGAAAUGAAAAUGAAUUUAAUUCGUUCAUUAGCAAUGAGUUCAUUCAAUUGUCUUAUUUCAAUAUUAAUUUGUACACAAACAGAAGCUAAACUUUAUAAAGCUUUUAUUUUUGAUGCCAAUGUAUCAAAGAUCAUAAAUACACAUUUUCCUCUUGAACUUGAACGAUAUUAUAAAAAGGACAAACGUACAUUAUUAAACAUUCUGUGUAAAAAAAUUCUUACAAUAUCAAAUUCUGAUAAUCAAUUACGUCGACAAUACAACGUUAUUUACCAUCUCAAUAUUUAUUUGGUAGUAUGUCUAACUGAUGAAUUAGCUGUAUUUGAUUUUACUUCAACUGCUGUAUGUCAACAACAAAAUGAUUUACAUAAAAUUCAAUCAAAUUCUCUUACAGAAAAUUCUUUUCCUGAAAUUUCAUUUCAUACGCAAGGUGAUGAUAGACCAACAUUAAUCGAAGGUACAGAUAAUGAAUUAGAAACAAAUUUUAUUGAUAUAGAAAUAGAUGAACUUAAUCGUCAUUCAUGUAUGAUACCAAUGAUUUGUUUGCUUAAACAUAUGGAAACUAAUCGUAUUAAAUCAUUUACUAUAAAUUUUCAAAAUGAAAUGCCACCUUGA